UAAAUGAAUAAAACACUUUCUAUAUAUUUAUUCCUUUUAGGAAUUAUAAUAUACGCCUAUGCAGCUGAUAUAAUGGUUGAGGUUGGUGGUCCAAAAGGAAAAAAUGCUUUCAUCCCAAACGUCGUAUUGGCCACCGUUGGUGAUAACAUUGUCUUUACUUGGAAAACCGGUAAACAUAGUAUUAUAGAAUCCGAUGCAGCAAAAAUAUGCUCAAUGUCAUCAAGGUCUGACGCUUUCACUUCUGGUGGUGCAUUCAUGGCACCUAAACAAUGGACUUUACCAGUUGACGUUGCUGGAAAAAGACGGUUUUACUGUGGUGUUCCUGGUCAUUGUACACCUGGUUUUGGUGGUAUGGAAGGUACCCUUAUAAUUAGGAAUCCUAAUGCUCCUGGCAAAACUGGUCCUGGUAAAGCUGGUAAAGUUUCUUCAGACGGAAUUAAUGGCCCUGAUAAUAAGAAUACCGAUAAUAAGGCAUCAACGAUUGGCGCGAUAAUAGGUGGACUGUUUGGUGGUAUCUUAUUAACAAUAGGAAGUGUCUUUUUAUAUAAAAGAAAUAAAACCAAUAAAGAUAAAAUGUUAGUACCAGAAGACAAUAGGAAUAAUCAAGAUGUAAUAUUAAUACCAGGAAACUAUGUGAUGUCCGAAAAUAAUAAUGAGUAUCAUGGCGAUAGUAAUAUAGAAGUUUAUAAUGAACAGGAAGCUAAUCAGUCUAAUAACGGACGAGAAGAAUCAAUUUCAAUUUCUAAAAAUAAUGAUACUAGUGGCUUAAAAAAAUUAUAUUACCUAGUAAGUCGUAAAAAUCAAAAUAAAUAAUAUGGAGUUAAUUUUAAUGGAGAAUAUUUAUUUAUAUAUAGAAAAGGAUUUAGAUUUUAGACAUGGUUAUAUUUAAAAUUUACCACUUAUUUUCAUAGUAUCAUAUCAUAGUUAUAUUUAAAUUUUAC